AUGAACGGGGUGUUUGCUGUUGCUAAACCGGGGGGACCUGGUGGACCUACCUCUCAAGAUGUUGUCGGUAAGCUGAAGAAGCUGUUUUCAAAAAGCCCAGAGUACCUAAACACGCUGAAAAGUGCACCCAAACCCAAGAAGCGUCGCAGAGGCCCGGAUUUCAUCAAAAUCGGUCACGGCGGAACCCUCGAUCCGAUGGCUGACGGUGUGCUGGUUAUUGGUGUAGGCUCAGGCACGAAGCAGCUUCAGUCUUAUCUCGGCAAUUGUACCAAGAGGUACAGUUCUACGGCGAUGCUUGGACCCAGCACAACAACCUACGACUCUGCGGGAGCUAUUCUGGGGUACUCCUCGCCGUCCGAGGUGGACGAUGGUAAAGUUGAGAGCGUGUUGACCGAGUUUAGAGGCAAAAUCCAGCAGCUUCCUCCCGUUUUCAGUGCUCUGAAAAUGGACGGAAAGCCGCUUUAUCAAUAUGCCCGUGAAGGCAUCCCGCUGCCUCGAGCCAUUGAGAAACGCGAGUGCGAAAUCACCACUCUCAAUGCCGGCAAACUGCGACAAGAACAUGAAUACAAGUUGCCGGAAAAGACAGCGACCCCAGAAGAGAUCGCUUUUGCCAAAAGUGUGACUGGAGACGACCUCGAGACAGGACAAGCCAAGAUCGGGCCUGUUUUCGACCUGUCCUUUGAUGUGUCCUCAGGCACCUAUAUCCGCUCGCUGAUUUACGAUAUCGGCUGCGCCCUAGGUACCCAGGCUCAUAUGGUCAAGCUAACACGAGUCCAACAGGGCGACUGGGAGCUCGGGAAAAACGUGCUGCCUCUUGAUCUGUUUGACAAGCCGUAUGAGGAAUGGUGGCCAGUACUGAAGGAAGUGUUGGAGGAAGGCCCUAAACGAACUUAUGAUGCAGCAAAGUGUGUAUAA